GCCGAUAGACACCGCUAAUAACUGAUAAGUGAUAACACUCGACCGCAUUGUAAUUUGUAACAUUAAAUUUUUUAAUCUCACUCUCACUAAAAACUCUGCGAUCAUACAACUAAAUAUCCAGAUUUUUGACCAGAUUUACUUAAAUAUUGAAAACAAUGAAAGGUCUCGUGGCUCUGAGAAGCAUUAAAAAUCGUCUGUGCACAGAUUUCGAUGCAUUUUGCCGUAUGAUACUCGGACAAACGCCUCCACCGGCUCUUUCUUUUGCAAGUCCUAUAGAAACGCUCAAACCAUCUAUUCCAGCUUUGACAAAUAUUGAACGGCUAUUUGGCGAUUCUAUUUUUUGGGCAGUGCCCAAACACAGGCGUUCAAUUGAGAAAAGACUAAAACGAAAAUUUGGUUGUAUCGAUGAUUUUUACAAAAUGCUUUUACCCCGUACAGAUUUAUUCACAUGUAACCAAUGUGGUCAUAGUUAUCAAAGACGCCAUUUGUGUCCAAAUUGUUAUAAGAGGGUUAAGGAUGAAACUACAGAACUUCAAGAGGUCAUUGAAAAAGAAUUGGGUUUGGAACCCAUUGAACAAGAAGUAGUGGUUCUUUAUAAAGGAGAGAGAACCAAACAACCAGUAGAAGAAUUUUUUAAAGGUAAAAGAAUCAUUGAACUCAAAAGAGAAAAACCGUCUUGGUUCUGUAGAAAUUUAUUACAAAGGACUACUAUUGGCAACUCUGAUGCGAAAGACGUACAACCAUCAGAAUUAGCUUAAGCCAGUUUUUCUUUUUAGUAUAAAAUGUAUUGCAAAUUUAUUAAUUUCCAUUUACCUUGAUUAAUGUUUUAUUUGAAUCAAGUAGAAUAAAUUAUAUUUAAAAAAUUAACAAAAUAAGAAA